AUGGCGUUCACCUUUGCGGCCUUCUGCUACAUGCUCACCUUGGUGCUGUGCGCCGCUCUCAUCUUCUUUGUCAUAUGGCAGAUCAUCGCAUUUGAUGAGCUUCGCACUGACUUCAAAAACCCCAUUGAUCAGAGCAAUCCCACCAGAGCGAGGGAAAGAAUCCUCAACAUUGAAAGAAUCUGCAACCUGCUUCGCAGAUUGGUGGUACCGGAGUACUCCAUCCACGGGCUCUUCUGCCUGAUGUUCAUGUGCGCUGGAGAGUGGGUCACACUUGGCCUAAACAUCCCACUGCUCUUCUACCAUCUGUGGAGGUUCUUCCACCGGCCAGCUGACGGGUCAGAGGUCAUGUAUGAUCCCGUCAGCGUGAUGAACGCCGACAUUCUCAACUACUGCCAGAAGGAGUCCUGGUGUAAGCUGGGAUUUUAUCUGCUGUCUUUCUUCUACUAUCUCUACAGCAUGGUCUAUGCCUUGGUGAGCUUCUAA